AUGGCUAGCCUUCUAAUUGCUUUUCCGAAGUUAUCAAAAACCGAUGAGACAGAUGUUAAUUGUCGACCAAUCAGAUCUCGUCUUGAUGCCGGACCGGCAAGCGUUCCGAAUUCUUGGCCAAUCUCGUACGGGCUAGGCUUGUCGACCAUAGAGGCGCCUGAAGGCUUGCGGUAUAGCGGGGUCCGCGUGGAAUCCUGCCUAACAGAAAGAAAUCAACCAUGUCGCCACCGUAUGCUUUACUCAUCGCAGCCGGGCAAACUGUUCCAAAAUUUGAUUAAAACUAGGUUUUGCCUAUCGUUGUCGGAGGCAAGGUUGAAAUUCCGGCACCAGCGUUAUGGACACCAUCGUUACGGUUACACGCUCGCCUCGCAUGUCAGAUGUCCAAGGUUAUGGAUAUGCACAGCUGAUUUAGCACUAAUAAGAGCGAAACUCGAGCCUAGUGCUUCCCUUUGGUGUGGACUCAUUGGAAUAAUUACGCCAGAACAGGAGGACGACCGAUCAAAUGAGAGUGGUGUGAUUAUGAACACGUUGUGGGAAAGUCGUUUUUCUUAG